AUGGGCGGCAAGCAGAGCACGGCGGCCCGCUCGCGCGGCCCCUUCCCGGGGGUCUCCACCGACGACAGCGCCGUGCCCCCGCCGGGAGGGGCGCCCCACUUCGGGCACUACCGGGCGGGCGGCGGGGCCAUGGGGCUCCGCAGCCGCUCGGUCAGCUCCGUGGCGGGCAUGGGCAUGGACCCCAGCACGGCCGGCGGGGUGCCCUUUGGCCUCUACACCCCCGCCUCCCGGGGGGCCGGCGACGCCGAGAGGGCGCCCGGCAGCGGAGGGUCGGCGUCCGACUCCACCUAUGCCCACGGCAAUGGUUACCAGGAGACGGGUGGCGGUCACCAUAGAGACGGGAUGCUGUACCUGGGCUCCCGAGCCUCGCUGGCGGAUGCUCUACCUCUGCACAUCGCACCCCGGUGGUUCAGCUCGCACAGUGGUUUCAAGUGCCCCAUUUGCUCCAAGUCCGUGGCUUCCGAUGAGAUGGAAAUGCACUUUAUAAUGUGUCUGAGCAAACCUCGUCUUUCCUACAACGAUGACGUGCUGACUAAAGACGCGGGUGAGUGUGUGAUCUGCCUGGAGGAGCUGCUUCAGGGGGACACGAUAGCCAGGCUGCCCUGCCUGUGCAUUUAUCACAAAAGCUGCAUAGACUCGUGGUUUGAAGUGAACAGAUCUUGUCCAGAACACCCUGCGGACUGA